UAGUGUAUUGUGCUUUGUGCAAAGAACACAGACUUCUUCCUACAUAAUGUGAAAUUAAAAACUGUCAUUCUUUUAUCAAUAAACACUGCAGGUAUCUAGUAAAUAGUUUGUUUGAAUCGGGUUUAUGUCGUGCUAGUCGGAUCUAUUUACCAUAAAUCGUUAUAAGUGUAUUAAAAUUAGUGUUUUUAACUUUUCUGUGUCGCAUUUUUGCUAGGAAAAAAUUGGACCUGCAGAGAGAAUGAGCUUCAGUUUGGUUGACAGUCGAAAAUUCUACACUCCUGUCACUAAAAUUCAUAUGUGAGCAAGAAAUUCGCUAUCAGGGCUAUACACUAUAAUUUUAUUUACCAUGGAUCCAAUGUUCCUGCCAUACACUCAAGUAAAUGGAGUCCCUCAGGAGUCAAAACUUGCUACAUAUAUGAAAAGACAAAGUGAAGGGCCUCCAGUGGCUGUUAUUGCUCAGAACCUGACAAAAAAUAUUUCAAGUCUUUCUAUUGACCCGCUGUCUCUUAAAAAGGUUGUGCAGACGCACGAGUUUAUUCCCCGCAAUGCCAGUGGGUCGCCCAACAUGCCGUUCUCCAGCCGCACCAGUCUUGUAGAGUCUCCCUCCACGCCUCACUCCUCACCCCCAGCCACACCUCACCCUGCACCUCACGCUCCCAUGCUCAACUGCUCACCCACACCUCUGCUAGACAAGACUGCCACAUACCAGGAGACUGUGGGUGGCACCAUGUACUUCUAUCAGGCUCCCACGCCAGCGGAGGGCGAGGAGGGAGUGGUGGUGGGGGGUGUGGAGGAGACGGGAGUGGCUGCAGGGGUGGCCAUGUACACUGGCACUCCGCCACACGUCAGCACUGCCAAGGCACAGCUGGAGGCGCAGUUCUACAUGGCUGAGGACCUGCGUGCGGAGAUGUUGCACAAGAACGCCGUCACACUCGCUCAGCCCGAUCCUGCCGCAUUCCCAGACUUGCCUACUGAGGUGGACAACUACCACGAGCUGGUGCCUCUAGAAGCUCUGCCUUCCACACUACACAAGCCUCAGAUGAUCAACUACCAGACAUCCACCUACAAGGCUACCCACGUCAAGACUGGCAUCCGCUACUGCUUGCGCAGAAUCCAUGGUUACCGGCUGAACAAUACAAAGUGCAGUAUGAUCGUGGACAUGUGGAAAAAACUUUCAAGUCCUAACGUCAUCCAGCUCAGAGAAGUUUUCACCACCAAGGCUUUUGGGGAUCAGUCCAUGGUCUUUGUGUAUGACUAUCACCCGGAUUCUGAGACGCUGUUGUCUCGUCACUUCCAGGGCGAGCCACUCAACGGCUACACGGAUCACUUCUCGUCCAACCCCAAUGCUCCCCGGCCCUACAGUCAUCACAAGAAUCAGCUUUUGCGCCACCAACAACAGCAUGGGUCACUAUUACCGGAGAAUGUUCUGUGGAGUUAUGUGAUCCAGCUGACAGGAGCGUUGCGUGCUAUACAUGCGGCCGGACUCGCUUGUCGCACACUGGGGCCUAGCAAGGUGUUGCUCACGGGCCGCAACCGUCUACGUGUCAGUUUCUGUGCUGUAGCUGACGUUCUCACCUUUGACGUCAACACAGCCAAUAACGCAGCGGUCAUCUCACAUCACCAGCAAGAAGACAUGACUGCUCUUGGCAAGUUGCUGCUAGCGCUGGCUUGUCGCUCCUUACUGGCCGUACAGAGAGAUAACAUCACAACAUCACUGGAACUGAUGGGCCGAACAUACUCCUCGGACCUACGCCACCUCAUUAUUUUCCUGCUAUCGACGACCACACGUCGCAGUGUGGUGGACCUGAUGCCCAUGAUUGGUGCGCGCUACUAUACACACCUGGACGCUACUCAACUGCAGUGCGACGUGUUGGAACAUGACCUCAGCAAGGAGGUUGACAACGGCCGACUGUGUCGUCUACUGGUCAAGCUCGCCUCCAUCAACGAGAGACCUGAACUGAGCCUAGACCCCACCUGGGCUGAGACAGGUGAUCGCUACAUGUUGAAGCUGUUCAGGGACUACGUGUUUCAUCAGGUGACAGAGGACGGCAGACCCUGGCUAGACAUGGCUCAUGUCGUACAUUGUCUCAACAAACUGGAGAGUGGAUCUCAAGAGAAGAUCUGUCUGAUGUCAAGGGAUGAGCAGAGUGUGUUGGUAGUGACGUACGCUGAGCUGAGACAUUGUCUUGAACAAUCCUUCCAAGAGCUGUCCUCCGCAGCAGGCCCGGCCCCCUCCAAAUCCACCCAUCACUAAUAGUCAACCUACGUGUAAUAGAUGUUAACGUAUUAUGUCAUCUACUGAAUCGUAAGAAUUCGCUUGAUUUUAAUCAUAAAAAUUGUCGUGUUUAAAAACGGAGAUUUGAUUUAGCCGUUUCAAAUCAAGUUUUAAGAUAGUAAAAUUUUGUUUUAGGGUAGUCUCUAAAGACAAAGUAUUUUUAAUACAGGAAUUUACUUUACGAUUUUAUUACAUUUACGUUACUUACCUGGAUCCGUAAAAUUUUUUGAUAAUUUUUUAUGGAUUCCGCCGUUAUUGGUGUCCGCUGAGGAGAAUCGGUCGAUUUAAGAAAUACGUUUGAACUUUUUGAUUUGGUUUAACAAAUCUAGGUUAAGAUGUUAGGAUCGGCGAGGUUGUGCGACAGCAAUAGAAGCCAAAUACUCGGCAGCGACACGUGCUAUGUACGGUCGCAGCACAAAUAAGCUUGUGAUCUGGUAAUCAUUCCAUGAAUGAUUCUGUUUUACAUUCCCUGGGUAACUUGUACAAUCGGCAAGUCAUGAAUUAUUGAGCUUUGAUUGCAAUACACAGAGAUUGUUGUACUUACUUUUAUAUUUUAGCGUUAUACAUGAUUAUAUUUAUUUUACUGUUAUUACUUAUCAGAUCUUUUAACAUUUAUACAUCUUGUUUUAACUGGAUUCUUUUAACCGUGAUACUUAAAAUGUAGUAGUAUACUGUAUUGUACAUAACAUAGCUUUAUCUAUUAAAAUGCCGCAGCACACAUGCUUAUAAUUUGUCCUAACUCUGUGUUGACAAGUAAAGCUCAAAGUCAGCCUUUAAGAAACAAGUUGCAGUGAUCAUGUAAAUUUGUAUAAAGAAAUCUCAAUAAAUAUUUUAUCAACAA